GGGCUUGAGGGUCUCGGAUCCUUUUAAACCCCUGUCCUGCCUUUCGCUUCAUUUAGUCGCACAAGCUUCUCAAACGCCGCUACCUACGGCAUCUCCAGCGCAGCGCUAGUUUACGUUAACUUUACUUUUCUGAAAGUGCAUCCUUGCCCCGCAAAUCCAUCUGCCUCCUAAGAAGCAGCUGCCAAAUUUCUCGUUGCGUUGCCAAUUAAAAGCUGGAGGACGGGAGCCGCAGCCCUGGACAAGAAAGUCGGUUUCUUUUCAUUCACCGGCCGACUGAGAUAAAUGCUCGGAUUGACAAGCCCGGUCAUCCUAACAAGUAGACCCGAAGAGAGCGCUCUCUCCUUUUUUUAACUUCUUGCAAGUUUUGAACUUCUCACCGCGGCUGUGCGCUCCUGGCACUGCCCUGCAAAACUUUUCCCUUUUUUUUAACAAACCCCCACUCCCCCCACCCUGCAUACGUUAGAUUUCUCACACUGGCCUCAGUGAUUGCAGUAUAAAAAGGGCCACCGGGGAAAGCGAAAAACAUGAUGAGCAAUAACACGUACUACGACCAGCAGCAGCUGCCUCAGUACUACCAGGGCACCGAUAACGGCGAAGAUCAGGAAGAGGAGAUGCCCGCCACGGAGAAGGACCUGGCCGAGGAUGCGCCGUGGAAGAAGAUCCAGCAGAACACAUUUACCAGGUGGUGCAACGAGCACCUCAAAUGCAUCAACAAGAGGAUCAACGACCUCCAGAAAGACCUCAGCGAUGGCCUCAAACUGAUCGGUUUACUGGAGGUUUUGAGCCAAAAGAAAAUGUACAGAAAGUACCACGCGAGACCCAACUUCAGGCAGAUGAAGCUGGAAAAUGUAUCGGUAGCCCUGGAGUUCUUGGACAGAGAGCAUAUCAAGCUGGUAUCUAUAGACAGCAAGGCCAUCGUGGACGGGAACCUGAAGCUGAUCUUGGGGCUGAUAUGGACGCUGAUCCUACACUACUCCAUCUCCAUGCCCAUGUGGGAGGACGAGGACGACGAGGACGCCAGGAAACUCACUCCCAAGCAGCGCCUUCUGGGCUGGAUCCAGAACAAGGUCCCUCAGCUUCCCAUCAACAACUUCCACCGGGACUGGCGGGACGGCAAAGCUCUGGGCGCUCUGGUGGACAACUGCGCCCCUGGUCUCUGCCCAGACUGGGAGACUUGGGACCCCAACCAGCCUGUGGAGAAUGCCCGAGAGGCCAUGCAGCAGGCUGACGAUUGGCUGGGGGUACCACAGGUCAUCGCACCAGAAGAGAUAGUGGAUCCAAAUGUGGAUGAGCAUUCGGUCAUGACCUAUCUGUCCCAGUUCCCCAAAGCCAAGCUUAAACCUGGGGCCCCUUUGCGUGCCAAGCAACUGUAUCCCAAGAAGGCCAAGGCCUAUGGACCAGGUAUCGAGCCACGUGGCAAUGUGGUGAUGAAGCCGGCUGAAUUCAUCGUGGAGACUGUUGAGGCUGGGCUGGGAGAGGUCAUUGUGUACGUGGAGGACCCUGAAGGACACACGGAAGAGGCCAGAGUGAUCCCUAACAAUGACAAGAAGAGGACCUACUCUGUCGCCUAUGUUCCCAAAGUUGAGGGUCUUCACAAGGUGAAGGUGCUCUUUGCAGGGCAAGACAUUGACAGAAGCCCCUUUAUGGUUCACGUGGCCAAAGCUCUGGGCGACUCCAACAAGGUGUCGGUUCGCGGGCCGGGCCUCGACCCUGUCGGCAACGUCGCCAACAAGCCGACCUAUUUCGACAUCUAUACAGCAGGGGCUGGGGCCGGAGAUGUCGGCGUGGUCAUCGUGGACUCGCAGGGCCGGAGGGACACGGUGGAGAUCGUCCUGGAAAACAAAGGCGACAGCGUCUUCCGCUGCACCUACCGGCCCAUACUGGAAGGUCCGCACACCAUCUACGUCACAUUUGCAGGCCAGCAGAUUCCCAAAAGCCCCUUUACUGUCCACAUCUCAGAAGCCAGCAACCCAAACGCGUGCCGGGCCACGGGACGAGGCCUCCAGCCAAAGGGCGUCCGGGUGAAGGAGUUCGCCGACUUCAGAGUGUUCACCAAGGGUGCCGGCACUGGAGAGCUCAAGGUCCUUGUCAGGGGACCAAGGGGCGCCGAGGAACCCGUCAAGGUGCAGGAGGUCGGAGACGGCGUAUUUGAGUGCGAAUACUACCCGGUCAUGCCGGGAAAGUAUACAGUCACCAUCACCUGGGGAGGACACACAAUCCCACGCAGCCCGUUCGAGGUUCUGAUCAGUGAGGAGGCGGGGCAACAGAAAGUCCGAGCCUGGGGUCCCGGCCUGGAGACAGGAAUGGUGGGGAAAUCAGCUGACUUUGUGGUGGAAGCCAUCGGAACAGAAGUGGGAACUCUGGGCUUUUCCAUCGAGGGACCAUCCCAAGCCAAGAUCGAGUGUGACGACAAGGGCGACGGCUCCUGCGAUGUGUCCUAUUGGCCAACAGAACCGGGCGACUACGCCGUGCACGUUAUCUGCGACGAUGAAGACAUCAAAGACAGUCCCUUCAUGGCUCAUAUCCUACCUGCUGCCAACAACGUCUUCCCAGAGAAGGUUAAAGCAUAUGGUCCAGGCCUGGAACCCACCGGCUGCAUUGUGAACAAGCCUGCCGAGUUCACCAUCGAUGCCCGUCGUGCCGGGAAAGGGCAGCUGAAAAUCUACGCCCAGGAUGCAGAAGGUUUCCCUAUUGACAUCCAGAUCAUGGAUAAUGGGGACAGCACGUUCUUUUGUGUCUACAUCCCAACCAAGCCACUGAAGCACACCAUCAUCAUCACGUGGGGAGAGGUCAACGUUCCCAACAGCCCUUUCAGGGUGACCAUUGGAGAAGGUAGUCACCCAGAGAAUGUGAAAGUAUAUGGACCAGGGGUGGAGAAGGCGGGGCUAAAAGCCAACGAGCCUACCUAUUUCACCGUGGACUGCAGUGAAGCAGGACAGGGCGACGUCAGCAUUGGGAUCAAGUGUGCUCCUGGUGUUGUUGGGUCAGCUGAGGCUGACAUCGACUUUGACAUCAUCAAGAAUGACAAUGACACUUUCACUGUCAAAUACACCCCCCCUGGCCCAGGUCGUUACACCAUAAUGGUCCUGUUUGCUGACCAGGAAAUUCCCAUCAGCCCAUUCCGCAUCAAAGUGGAUCCCUCCCACGAUGCUGCUAAGGUGAGGGCAGAAGGUCCUGGACUGAACAAGACAGGUGUGGAGGUGGGCAAGCCGACGCAUUUCACGGUGUACACAAAAGGCGCUGGCAAAGCCAAGCUCGACGUCCAUUUUACCGGCGCCGCCAAGGGAGAGGCCGUGCGGGACUUUGAGAUCAUUGACAACCAUGACUACUCCUACACUGUGAGGUACACAGCUGUGCAGCAGGGAAAUAUGACCAUCGCUGUCUCCCACGGAGGUGAUCCCAUUCCCAAGAGCCCGUUCAGCAUCACUGUCGCCCCUCCUUUGGAUCUCAACAAGGUCAAAGUUCAAGGCCUCAGCAACAAAGUGGAUGUUGGCAAGGACCAGGAGUUUGCAGUCAACACAAGGGGCGCUGGAGGGCAGGGAAAAGUUGAUGUGAAGAUCACAUCCCCCUCACGACGGCCAAUCCCGUGCAAGGUGGAAUCAGGCACGGCCAAUGACAUUCACUCUGUGAAGUACAUCCCUCCUGAGGAGGGCCCCUACAAGGUUGACAUCAGCUACGAUGGAAACCCAUUGCCCGGCAGUCCCUUUGCUGUGGAAGGGGUCAUGCCCCCUGACCCAUCAAAGGUACGUGCAUAUGGCCCAGGAUUGAAAGGAGGCAUUGUGGGUAAACCGGCCCCAUUUGCUAUUGACACAAAGGGGGCAGGCACGGGUGGGCUGGGCCUAACAGUGGAAGGGCCUUGCGAGGCAAAGAUCGAGUGUCAGGACAAUGGCGAUGGGUCCUGCUCCGUGUCCUACCUGCCUACUGAGCCCGGCGAAUACUCCAUCAACAUCCUUUUUGCCGAGGCCCACAUUCCUGGCUCUCCAUUCAAAGCGCUGGUCCAGCCGGUCUUCGACCCCAGCAAGGUGACGGCCAGCGGGCCGGGCCUGGAGCGGGGCAAGGUCAACGAGGCGGGCUCCUUCACUGUGGACUGCUCCAAGGCUGGAGAAGCUGAGCUCACCAUUGAGAUAAUAUCAGACUCGGGGUCCAAGGCCGAGGUACACAUUCAGAACAACAGUGAUGGCACGUACUCCAUCACCUAUAUCCCUUCCUUCCAUGGGAUGUACACCCUCACAAUCAAAUAUGGAGGACACGCCGUGCCCAAAUUCCCUGCCCGACUCCAGGUGGACCCUGCCAUCGACACCAGUGGAGUGAAGGUGUAUGGACCAGGCAUUGAAGCCAGAGGGGUGCUCCGGGAGGUCACCACGCACUUCAUCGUCGACGCUCGCGCCCACAGCAAGGUUGGGGGCGGGCAUGUGAAAGCCCGGAUCGUUAACCCGUCAGGAAACAACACCGACAUUUACAUUACGGACAAGGGAGAUGGGACUUACAGGCUGGAGUACACAGCAUAUGAAGACGGCAUGCACCUGAUUGAGAUCCUGUAUGAUGACGUUGCGGUUCCCAAGAGUCCCUUCAGGGUGAUGGUCACUGAGGGCUGUGACCCAACACGCGUGCGGGCAUAUGGUCCUGGACUGGAAGAGGGACUGGUUAACAAGCCCAACCGAUUUACUGUGGAAACAAGAGGUGCAGGGACUGGAGGGUUGGGUUUGGCCAUUGAGGGACCCUCCGAGGCCAAGAUGUCCUGUAAGGACAACAAAGAUGGCAGCUGCAGCGUGGAGUACAUCCCGUUUACCCCCGGGGACUAUGACGUCAAUAUCACUUUUGGAGGGCAUCCCAUACCUGGAAGUCCCUUCCGUGUUCCAGUCCGGGAGCUGGUGGACCCCAGCAAGGUGAAAUGCACCGGGUCUGGGCUGGGGAACGGCGUGAGGGCGCACGUGCCCCAGACGUUCACCGUGGACACCAGCAAAGCCGGCCUGGCCCCCCUCGAAGUGCUGCUUUAUGGGCCAACUGGGGCCGCUGAACCCGUUAGCAUCAAAGACAACGGCGAUGGCACGCACACAGUCAACUACACGCCUGCCAAGGACGGGCCUUACACUGUGUCGGUUAAAUAUGCCGACCAGGAGGUUCCUCGUAGUCCGUUUAAGAUUAAAGUACUGCCCGCUCACGAUGCCAGCAAGGUGCGUGCCAGUGGGCCCGGGCUCAACGCCUCCGGCGUGCCCGCCAGCCUACCCGUUGAGUUCACCAUCGACGCACGGGACGCCGGAGAAGGACUGCUCACCGUGCAGAUUCUGGAUCCCGAGGGGAAGCCGAAGAAAGCCACCAUCCGGGAUAACAGAGAUGGAACGUACACAGUGUCCUAUGUGCCGGACAUGACGGGACGCUACACCAUCACCAUCAAGUACGGUGGAGAUGAGAUUCCGUACUCGCCCUACCGCAUCCACGCCCUGCCUUCAGGGGAUGCCAGCAAAUGCCUGGUCACAGUAUCCAUUGGUGGACAUGGAUUGGGUACAGGUCUUGGAUCCACCAUUCAGAUCGGGGAGGAGACUGUCAUUACAGUGGAUGCGAAAGCUGCAGGAAAGGGAAAGGUCACCUGCAAGGUGUCCACGCCCGAUGGUGCGGAACUGGAUGUGGACGUGGUGGAGAACUCCGACGGCACCUUCGACAUCUACUACACGGCCCCAGAGCCGGGCAAAUACGUCAUCACCAUUCGCUUCGGAGGGGAGCAGAUUCCCAACAGCCCCUUCCAUGUGGUGGCAUGUGACACCAUCCCUAUAAUCGAGGAACCAUGUGACAAGCUACAGUUACAUCAGCCCUACGCACCCUACCAGGGCUACCCCCCACACUGGGCCACGGAGGAACCGACUGUCCCCGCUGAGAGCGCAGAGCCCUUGCUCCGACCUUUCAAUCUAGUCAUACCCUUCACGGUACAGAAGGGCGAGAUCACAGGUGAAGUUCGCAUGCCAUCUGGCAAGACGGCUCGUCCCCAUAUCACCGACAACAAGGAUGGCACAGUAACGGUGAGGUACGCCCCAACAGAGAAGGGCCUACAUGAGAUGGACAUCAAGUAUGACGGCAACCACAUACCAGGAAGCCCUUUGCAGUUCUAUGUGGAUGCCAUCAACAGUGGCCAUGUGACGGCCUAUGGGCCUGGCCUGAGCCACGGCGUGGUGAACAAGCCCGCGACGUUCACCAUCGUCACCAAGGAUGCUGGAGAAGGCGGUCUGUCACUGGCUGUGGAGGGUCCAUCCAAGGCAGAGAUCACAUGCAAGGACAACAAAGAUGGCACCUGCACCGUGUCUUACAUGCCCACUGCGCCUGGCGACUACAACAUCAUCGUCAAGUUCGAUGACAAGCACAUCCCAGGCAGCCCCUUCAUGGCUAAGAUUACAGGCGAUGACUCUAUGAGAACUUCGCAGCUCAAUGUCGGCACGGCAACUGACGUCUCCCUGAAGAUCACGGAAACAGAUCUCAGCUCGCUUACAGCGAGCAUCCGAGCUCCUUCGGGCAACGACGAGCCAUGUCUUCUUAAGAGACUCCCCAAUCGCCACAUUGGUAUCUCCUUUACUCCUAAGGAAGUGGGCGAACAUGUAGUGAGCGUGAAGAAGAGUGGAAAGCAUGUGACCAACAGCCCGUUUAAGAUCAUGGUGGGCCAGUCUGAGAUCGGGGACGCCAGUAAGGUGAAGGUGUUCGGCAAGGGUCUGGCGGAAGGCCACACCUUCGAAGUGGCCGAGUUCAUUGUAGACACAAGGAACGCAGGAUAUGGAGGACUGGGAUUGUCAAUCGAGGGUCCGAGCAAGGUGGACAUAAACUGUGAGGAUGUGGAGGACGGGACAUGCAAGGUGACCUACUGCCCCACAGAGCCUGGCAACUACAUCAUCAACAUUAAGUUCGCUGACCAGCACGUCCCAGGAAGCCCGUUCACGGUGAAGGUCACGGGAGAGGGAAGGAUGAAGGAGAGCAUUACCAGGAAGAGACAGGCCCCUUCAAUCGCCACAGUGGGCAGCACCUGUGACCUCAACCUCAAAAUCCCAGGGAACUGGUUUCAGAUGGUGUCGGCUCAGGAGCGCCUGACACGCACCUUCACGCGCAGCAGCCACACGUACACGCGCACCGAGCGCACCGAGAUCAGCAAGACGCGCGGCGGUGAGACCAAGCGAGAAGUGCGCGUAGAAGAGAGCACGCAGGUCGGCGGGGACCCCUUCCGCGACGUCUUCGGGGAGUUCCUGGGCCGAGAGAGCUUGGGUACCUUCAGUGGGAUGCCUCCCCGGCAAGAGGGUGAAGCAGGACCCCAAGAGAUGACGGCCCAGGUGACCAGCCCUGGGGGCAAGACGGAGGAUGCAGAGAUCAUAGAAGGCGAGGACAGCACCUACAGCGUGCGCUUUGUGCCCCAGGAGAUGGGCCCCCACACGGUCAACGUGAAAUACAGGGGCCAGCAUGUGCCUGGGAGUCCCUUCCAGUUCACUGUGGGGCCCCUUGGGGAGGGUGGGGCCCACAAGGUCCGAGCAGGAGGCACAGGGCUGGAUCGGGGCGUGGCUGGUGUUCCUGCCGAAUUCAGCAUCUGGACACGGGAGGCUGGCGCAGGGGGGCUGUCCAUCGCUGUGGAGGGCCCGAGCAAAGCGGAGAUCUCCUUCGAGGACAGGAAGGACGGCUCCUGUGGGGUCUCCUACAUCGUCCAGGAGUCGGGCGACUAUGAGGUGUCCAUCAAAUUCAAUGAUGAGCACAUACCUGACAGCCCCUUUAUCGUGCCCAUUGCCAGCGUGUCAGACGAUGCGCGGAGGCUCACCGUCACCAGCCUGCAGGAGAUGAGUCUCAAGGUGAACCAGGAGGCCUCGUUCGCUGUGCAGCUGAACGGGGCAAGGGGCGUCAUCGACGCCAAGGUGCAUAUGCCCUCGGGGGCUGUCGAGGAGUGCUACGUGACUGAGCUGGACAGCGACAAGUACGCAAUCCGCUUCAUCCCGCGGGAGAACGGAAUCCACUCCAUUGACGUCAAGUUUAACAGCAGCCACAUACCAGGCAGCCCUUUCAAGAUCCGUGUUGGGGAGCCAGGCCAGGCUGGGGACCCUGGGAUGGUGUUGGCCUUUGGGCCUGGAUUGGAGGGAGGCACCACAGGCGUGUCCUCAGAUUUCAUCGUGAACACCUGCAACGCCGGAUCUGGCGCCCUGUCCGUCACCAUCGACGGGCCCUCCAAGGUGAAGAUGGACUGUAUCGAGUGUCCUGAGGGCUACAAGGUCACAUACACGCCGAUGGCCCCUGGGAACUACCUGAUCUCUAUAAAGUAUGGAGGACCACAGCACAUCGUGGGCAGUCCCUUCAAAGCUAAAGUCACAGGGGCGCGACUGUCGGGGGGGCACAGCUUGCACGAGACCUCAUCGGUGCACGUGGAGACGGUCACCAAGACGUCCUCCGUGGCUGGGGCCUACGGCUCGAUGCCCAAGUUCUCCUCAGACGCCAGCAAGGUGGUGUCCCGGGGCGCUGGGCUCUCCAAGGCCUUCGUAGGACAGAAGAACACCUUCACCGUAGACUGCUCCAAAGCAGGCACAAACAUGCUGAUGGUGGGCGUGCACGGGCCGAAGACCCCGUGCGAAGAAGUGUACGUCAAGCACAUGGGCAACAGAAUGUACAACGUCACGUACACGGUGAAGGAGAAGGGAGACUACAUCCUCAUAGUCAAAUGGGGAGACGAGAACGUUCCGGGCAGCCCCUUCCACGUCACUGUACCGUAAAAUCACCCCCCAAGCCCCGAAAUGUCCAGAAAUCCCAAAGGACAGACUUCCAUAAAACUGAACCAAAAAAAACAUGUUUAUCUCACUGGGAUAAGAACCUGAACAGCCGCAGUAAAAUCUUAGUAUUAACUUAAUUUUUAGGGCUUGUUCGGUAUGACAUCAUACCAACAACCCCAUGGAUAUUUUUCCUCCUUAUUUUGUAACGUCAGCCUUCAAAGCGUUCUUGCCUUUUACGAUAUUUUUGUAUGUUUUAUAGAAUGCGCAGUGGGGAAAUAGUGAUUUUAUUUUUUUUUGUUCCUUUCUGUACUGCCCAUCUCCUAGGCCUGAGGUCCGUUCUAAUCCAAACCUUUUUUCUAUACAGUCCUUAAAGGAAAACUCAACCGGAAAGUGCCUUUUUCGUUCGGUGAGCCACGUUACAAAACACAGGCCAAUAUUAAUCAAGAGAAGAUCACUUUUGACUAUCAGCAAGGAUUUUGAUUUAUUUAUAGUUUUUCUUUGGCUUGUAUAUGACAAGAAUUUGUCUUAUUUUUUGACAUGACGAUGGAAAAAAAAACACACUGAAUAGCCUGGUAGGUUUUUCUGUCGUGUACCAGCCCAGGUUGAAGGAUUGGUUUGAUUGACCUUUUGUACCGAUAAAAAAAAGCGUAGGGAUGGUUGGUCACGCGGACGGUGCCAUUAAACAGUGUUAAAGAGUGACGUUUUAUGGUGUUUUGUAUGUAUUAAAAAUGAAAGGAAAUUCUAAUUGUUUGAUAUAUUAACCUGCUGUUUGGUAAGACUCUGCAGACUUAAUAAAGAUUUAACUGCUAACUUGCCACAAAAAGCACAA